UGGUUUCACUCUAGCCGGUUGUCAGAGUGAAAAACGAAAUAAAUAAAUUAGUUUUAAGAUAUUUAUUAACAAACCAGUGAGAUGACUGCAUUUGAAGAGUUUGGUGUUCUGCCCGAGUUGGGCAAAGCGACAGACGAGUUGGACUGGACCUUGCCUACGGAUGUGCAGGCGGAGGCCAUACCAUUAAUACUGGGUGGUGGGGAUGUACUAAUGGCAGCCGAAACGGGUUCCGGCAAAACGGGUGCAUUUUGUUUGCCCAUUCUUCAGAUUGUCUGGGAAACGCUGCGUGAUUUGAAGGAGGGAAAGACUGGUAAAGGCAGGACUGGAGCUGGCGGUGCUGCUGCUCCAUGGACCAUGUCCUUUUUUGAUCGUACCAAUGCACUAGCUGUGACUCCGGAUGGCCUGCGAUGCCAAUCGCGUGAGUUCAAGGAAUGGCACGGAUGUCGUGCCACAACUGGCGUCUAUGGCAAGGUCAAGUUCUAUUACGAGGCAACGGUUACCGAUGAGGGUCUGUGCCGCAUAGGCUGGUCCACCCAAAUGGCCAAUUUGGAUUUAGGCACCUGUCGUUAUGGCUUCGGCUUUGGCGGCACAGGCAAGAAAUCAAACAAUCGGCAGUUUGACGAUUACGGCGAGGCCUUUGGCAAGGCAGAUGUCGUCGGCUGCUUGCUGGACUUGCAGCGCCUGGAAGUGAGCUUCACGAAGAAUGGCGUGUCAUUGGGUGUAGCUUUCAAAAUUCCCGAAAAUCUACGCAAUGAUACAUUUUAUCCAGCUGUUGUGCUGAAGAAUGCCGAAAUGUUGUUUAACUUUGGAAAAACUGAGUUUAAGUAUGCACCAGGACAGGGCUAUGUGGCUGCUUGUCAGGCGGAUGCGGAACACAGCAAAGCCAAUCCUCUGGCCAGUCCCGCAGCUAACGCAGCUGCCUCUAAGCCUGCACCUAAUGCUCCUCAAGCCAUCAUUAUUGAGCCUAGUCGCGAACUGGCGGAGCAAACCUACAAUCAAAUAGAGAAAUUCAAGCUGCAUCUAAGCAAUCCCGAAGUGCGAUCCCUGCUACUGAUUGGAGGCGUUCGUCUCGAGGAGCAAAAGGCGCAGCUGCAGCAGGGUAUACAUAUUGUCGUGGGCACACCGGGUCGCUUGGAGGAGCUGAUUAACAGCGGUUUUGUGCAGCUGACGCACUGUCGCUUCUUUGUGCUGGACGAAGCGGAUGCACUUUUAAAGCAAGGCUACACGGAUCUCAUUGACAGACUGCACAAGCAAAUACCCAAGAUAACCAGUGAUGGUUGUCGUCUGCAGAUGAUUGUCUGCUCUGCGACAUUGCAUGCCUUUGAGGUGAAAAAGAUGGCCGAACGCUUGAUGCACUUUCCCACCUGGGUGGAUCUCAAGGGCGAAGAUGCUGUGCCGGAGACAGUGCAUCACGUGGUAUGCAUGGUGGAUCCACAGACUGACAGCAGUUGGCAGAAUCUGCGUCAACCUGUGCCCACCGAUGGCGUUCACGAUCAGGACAAUGUUCAUCCUACAGUUCAAUCUCCUGAGACGCUAUCCCAGGCUGUGAAGUUGCUGAAGGGGGAGUACUGCAUCAAGGCCAUAGAUCAGCAUAAAAUGGAUCGUGCCAUUAUCUUUUGUCGCACCAAACAGGACUGCGAUAACCUGGAGACGCAUCUGCGCCAUCAAGGGGGACAACGCUAUUCCUGCGUCUGUUUGCACGGAGAUCGAAAGCCGCAGGAGCGCAAACAAAAUCUGGAAAUGUUUAAGCGGCAGCAGGUUAAAUUUCUAAUCUGCACUGAUGUGGCUGCACGUGGUUUGGACAUUACAGGAUUACCAUUCAUGAUCAAUAUAACGCUACCAGACGAUAAAUCCAACUAUGUACAUCGCAUUGGACGCGUGGGUCGCGCUGAGCGGAUGGGACUCGCCAUCAGUCUAGUGUCCUCGGUGCCGGAGAAGGUUUGGUACCACGGUGAGUGGUGCAAGACUCGUGGACGCAAUUGCAGAAACACCAAUUUGACUGAUGUACGCGGCUGUUGCAUUUGGUACAAUGAACCGAAUCUGUUGGCCGAGGUGGAGGAUCAUCUGAAUAUAACCAUACAACAGGUGGAUAAGUCUAUGGAUGUGCCGGUCAAUGAUUUCGAUGGCAAAGUUGUCUAUGGCCAGAAGAAUCUUAAUAUGGGCACUGGCUACGAGGAUCAUGUGGAGCAACUGGGCCCAACCGUACGCAAAUUGACCGACUUGGAAUUGCAAUCACAAUCUUUAUUUUUGAAACGCUUAAAAGUCUAGAGUGGUUCGAUUUUGAGUUGCUACACGAUCCGAAAUACUUUCAUGGUUACGAAUACACAUAAAAUACAUAAAUAAACUAACA